AUGGAGAAGAUGUCUUCAUUACAUGAGAGUCCCGCAUCGUGGCCGAUCCCUGCCAGCGGGUUUGGCAAGUAUGGCACGGCGGAUAUCCUGCCGGCUUCCUACCACUACCGUACGCCGGACAGGAAACAAGAAGUUCUCGACCCGACUACCAACAUACCAAAGUUCCUUCGCACGGCGUUGUCGCUUGGUGCACUGGAACCUAUGCUGAAGCAUCUUUGGUUCGCCGGGGCCAAGCACCCCCCCAAACAGCUGCAUUUCCAGGUUGCCAUAGGACGGGAAAUUGCUGUCGUGGAUCGUAUGGACUUGCACCUUUUUUGGGACAACAACGGGAGAUUCUUCGUGAAGCCUUUGCCGAGAUUCCUGCUCGAUCCAGAGUUUUGCGAAGAACACCUGAAGUGCCCUGAUAGGUGCGACUGCGGAUCGUCACAACAAGACGAGGAAGAAGCAGGGUGUAUGAAGACACCAAGAGAGAUCGCUCUAGGCUUCCUUUACACGUAUGCCUGUCUCAUCUCGUCCGAGACUGAUUUCUUCCUCGCCCGGGAGAAGAAUUUAUUGCCGGAUAUCGAUUGGGUCCCAUGGAAAAACGUGGUCAAGGAUAUUCUUCGAAACCACGAUGACAGCCGAAUACACCAGAGAUUCCAGCGUGGCGAGCUUCGCCUAUCCCGCGUCAACACGCUUCAUCGCUUCACGCGACUGUCACUGUUUGACCCGUACUUUCGCGGCUGGAGCAACUACAGCAGCCUCUUCUUGGACAACUUUGCUUGGAUGGCCGGUGCAACAGUCUUUGUGGCUCUGGUGCUGACGGCCAUGCAAGUCGGCCUUGCGACGAAACGGCUCAAUGGCAACGCCGCUUUUCAGCGGGCGUCCUACGGGUUUACCGUCUUUUCCAUCUUGGGGCCGUUGGGCGCGUUCUCGCUAUCCGAAAGGAUGCACGAGGGCCUUGGCAGGAGCACCAGCACGAUGCUUCUUCUGCGCUCGCUCUUGGUUCUGUCCUCGGUGGCAGGCAGCCUGGCUGCUCGCCGGGACCCGUUUGCUCGCCAGGAUCCGGUUGCGCUGCACCGCCGAGCCGACGGCGGCGACGCGGACGCAUCGUCCAAGAACACGACGGACAUCCAGCCGAAGCGGUUCAUCGUCGAGUUCAACGGGGGCUCCGACUCCCAGACGGAGGCUGAUGGCCUCGCAAGCCGUCACAACCUCACGGUGAUCCGGGUCUUCAACAGCGACGUCUUCCAGGGCGCCUGUGUGGAGUCGGGCCGGGCCAACCUAGACACGCUCAAGGCCGAGGCGCCGGUGACGCAGGCCUGGCACGCCAAGCGCAUCGCGCUCAGCCCCGUGACGGUCAACCAGACGUUUGGCGAGGCGGCAGCCGGCGUCAACAUGUCGGUGCACCACAUGACCGGCGUGGACAAGCUGCACGAGGCCGGCAUCCGGGGCAAGGGCGUGACGGUCGGCGUGGUCGACACGGGCGUGCUGUACACGCAUCCUGCUCUGGGCGGAGGCUUCGGUCCUGGCUACAAGGUUGUGGGCGGAUACGAUCUGGUCGGCAAUGGAGACUGGCCGACGGACCCGGUCCGGCAGCCCGACAACGAUCCGAUCGACGAGCUGGGCCAUGGCACCCACGUUUCCGGCAUCAUUGCGGGCGAGAGCAAGCUGUUCACGGGCGUUGCCCCGGACGCGAAGCUGCGGAUGUACAAGGUCUUCUCGACGGUCGACUCGACGAGCGAGGACGUGCUGAUCGAAGCCUUUCUGAUGGCGUACAAGGAUGGGGUGGACAUCAUCACGUCGUCCAUCGGCAGCCUCGACGGCUGGGCCGACAACGCCUGGGCUCUGGUGGCCUCCCGGCUGGUCGACCAGGGCAUCGUGGUGACGAUCGCGGCCGGCAACGACGGCGACGCGGGCGCGUUUGCGUCCAGCAGCGGCUCCUCGGGUGCCAACGUGCUGGCGGUGGCCUCGAUCGACGCGGACAUCUACCCGGGCCCGUCGAUGAACGCGACCUUCCACUACAACGGGACCGAGAACAACGUGAGCAUCCCGUACCGGGCCACCGACCCCUGGUACCCGUCCAACAUCACCGGCUGGCCGAUCGUACCGCUGGGGCUCAACACAAGCAUCGCCGACGAGGCCUGCCAGCCGCUCCCGAGCAACAGCACCCGCGACUUUACCAACACUGUCGUGCUCGUCCGACGGGGCGGCUGCAACUUUGCCGUCAAGCAGACGAACCUGGCCGCCUUCAACGGCACCACCAUUCUGUUCUACUCUAACGAGCUGCCGCUGGACAUUCCCACGACCAACUAUCUGGGCGACAGCCAGAUCGCCAUGAUCACGCGCGAUGCCGGUGCUGAGAUCAUCCGCACAGUCAAGGCCGGUGGCCAGGUCACUGUCGACUUCAGCAGCAACCCGAUCUGGACGCUGACGGGCGUGCCCAACGAGGAGUCGGGCGGCGCGCCCAGCUUCUACACCAGCCUCGGUGCCACCAACGACCUGUACGUCAAGCCGGAUGUCGCUGCACCCGGCGGCUACAUCCUGUCGUCAUACCUGAAGAACGGCUACGCUGUGCUGAGCGGCACGUCCAUGGCCUGCCCCUAUGUCGCUGGCGUGGCUGCGCUGUACAUUGGACAGUUCGGUGGUCGCCAGACUCAAGGAACUGGCUUUGCCAAGACCCUGGCUGCCCGCAUCAUGAACUCCGGGCAGCCGGUCCCUUGGAACGAUGGAGUUGGCGAUGUCAUCAACUACGGCAUCCCUGCGUCCGUCGCUCAGGUCGGCACCGGUCUUCUCAACGCCACCAAGGUCCUGCAGUAUCACACCGACCUCUCGCUCUCUAAGUUUGCCCUCAACGACACCCACCACUUUAGCCGCUACCAUACUGUCGAGAUCACCAACAACGGCCCUCAGCCCGUCACCUAUUCCUUCUCGUCUACCGAGUUCGGCGGCCUCAACACCUUCAACACCGAGGCCGAUACCUGGGACACGCCGCGCGUCGCCUACAGCGAAGAGGUCAUGGCUGAGCCCGUUCGUGGUGCUGUGCCUGCUAUCUCUUUCCCUGCUAGCCCCUUCACCGUGCAGCCUGGCGAGACUCGCACGGCCGAGAUAGACUUUGCUCCCCUCGACAACGCCGCUCUCGGACUCAACGCCAGCCAGCUGCCCCUCUACAGCGGUACCAUCAACAUCGAUGGCUCCAACGGCGAGUCCCUCGCUGUGCCUUACAUGGGCCUUGCUGCCAACCUGCACAAGGAUGUCGGCACUAUGUUUGAUUACGUAAUCGGAUUCCCCACACUGUCCUCCACGGCCAAGCACAUCCCCAUUGCCCAGAAGGCCAACGUCACCUUUGACCUCGAUUCCGACGUCCAGGACUACCUCACCUUCUACACUCGCUUCCGCUACGCCUCGCGCGAGCUCCGCUGGGACCUCUUCAAUGCCAAUUGGACCGAGCGCGACUGGGUCUACCCUCCCGUCGUCGGCCAGAACGGCUACAUUGGUGCGGCCACCAGUUGGACCGAUGCCACUGCUGGCUCCUACUUCAACGCCACCGAGGAUGACCCGACAGACGUCGUCACCCUUCCGCUCAUGAACCUGCCCCGCAGCAUCGUCGGCUCCUAUGGCGUCGAGCUGUGGUGGCUUGGUCGCCUCGCAAACGGCUCGCAGAUUGCUCCCGGCAAGUACAACAUGCGCAUUGCUGCGCUGUCGCCCUUUGGCAACCAGACCCAUUCCGACAACUGGGACGUGUACAAGACGCCGACGAUUGAGGUCUUGCCGCUGGAGAAGUAG